GCGCAUUUAGCGUAAACAACUUUUAAGUGCAGCCUCACGGAGGCGUCGCGUCACAAGUACUAGUAACUUCGUGGCAGAAGGAACCUAGAACGACACGAUCCUAUGUAUACAGAUCUACAGUACGUCUUUCCACUUGAUGAUCGCUACAAAUGCCCGAUUUGUAGCUCUGUAUUAGACGCACCCCGCCAGACGUCGUGUGGGCACCGCUUCUGUGACAGGUGCUUACAGCAAGCCUUCAGGAAGGGUGAUGCGCACUGUCCUAUUGAUAAAGAAGUCCUUUCGGCAAACGAAGUUUUCCGAGACCGGUGUGCUGAGAAAGAGAUUCUCCAACUUGUUAUCUAUUGUCCAAACAGAGAGUUUGGCUGUAAAGAACAACUUCCACUGAAAGAAUUAGAGUCUCACCUACAGGAGUGUAAGUACACCCGAGUGGAAUGUAUUCACAAAGACCAAGGCUGCGAUGCCCUCUUCCCAAGACAUCAGCUAGCACAGCACUUGGAAAAGGAGUGCAACUUCAGACAGGUGUCAUGCAAGUUUUGCAGCGAGGGAAUUCCACUGGCUCUGAUGCAGGACCACCUGGCGCAGUGUCCUAGAGCGAUGGCGUCCUGUCCAAACGGAUGUGGCUUAACAGACGUCACGAGGGAACAGGUGGAUCAACAUCUCCUUGAGGAUUGUCCUCUUGUUGAGGUGGAGUGCAGCUACAGUGGCAGCGGGUGUAGUUUCAAGGGCCAGCGAGGCCAGCUGGAGGAGCAUAAUGCCCUGUCCAUGGCCGAACAUAUGGGUAUGCUCACUGCAAGUCUCGCCCGCUUGGAGCUCAGCUAUUCAGAGUCCAGAAGGGAGCUGCAAGAAGUUUCCAACCAGAGAGACCUUCUGCAGAACACUGUCGAACAGCAGGUCACUGAGAUCACAUCGCUGAAGCAAAAGGUCGACAAGCAGGACACAAAGAUAGGGGCUUUACAGAAAAUGGUGGCCAACCAAACUGACAAACUUACAAAGUUUGAAGAAGAUCUGACUUCAGCCGCCAAAAAGGUUGAUGUGGAGGACCAGAAGAAGGACCUAGUCGCAGUGAAAGAGACAAUGAAGAUAACGGAGAACAGACUGACAAUGUUAGAGACCAGAGGGUCGGGAGGAGGUGGACUGUUUUCAGGUGUAGCAGGUGAAGUCGAGACACAACUUGCAUCUCAAGACAGACAACUCGGCAUCCACGAUGUCCGGCUGGCUGAGAUGGACCUCCGCUUCCAGAUCCUGGAGACAGCCAGCUUUGAUGGUACCCUGCUGUGGAAGAUCAAGGACUACACCAGGAGGAAGCACGACGCUACCACAGGCAGAACUUUGUCCCUGUAUAGCCAGCCCUUCUAUACCAGUAGAAAUGGCUAUAAGAUGUGUGCUAGGGUGUACCUGAAUGGGGAUGGUAUGGGGAAGGGUACGCACAUGUCCCUGUUCUUUGUAGUCAUGAGAGGAGACUAUGAUGCCCUGCUGCCCUGGCCCUUCAGACAGAAAGUAACCCUGAUGCUGCUAGACCAGGAUCAGGGCAGGCGCCACCUGUCGGACACGUUCCGCCCUGACCCGACCAGCAGCAGCUUCAAGCGCCCUACCAGCGACAUGAACAUCGCUUCAGGCUGCCCGCUGUUUGUGUCACAGGCUGUGGUGGAGGGGAGCCCUUAUCUCAAGGAUGACACGAUUUUUAUCAAAGUUAUUGUUGAGACAUCGGACUUGGUUGGUCCAUAGAAAUAUUGCAAGGAGCAAGUGGUCACAAGACAUGGAAACUUAACUGCUUGGUAAAAAGAGCAUAAAAAGACAAUGACAUCGUCUACAGCUUUUAAGUAAUAUAGAAUAACUGUGGCAAAUGGAAAGAGGUCCUGUAUGUAUGCACCUUUUAAAAAUUAGCUUUAUGUUAAAUGGAAAUGCGUUCGAUUCUAGCAUGUCUACAUUAUGUUUAACAAACUGCUGCUAUGUGUAAACCUAUAAUUACUGAUAACUCAGGAGCUUUUUAUAUACUUUUGUAAAGUAGUUUCAUCAAAUUUGCUUAUGCUAGAGGACGACAAACAUUAUUCUUUUAUGUUUUCAUGAGAAGCCUCAUAUUUAUGAUGUUUAAAAUCUAGAUUAUGAUAACCCAGGAGUUAAAAAUCUUUUUUUUUAAUUUUCGUCUGGUUUUGUAAAAAUUUACGUAUGUCAGAGGGCAACGAAUAUUAUUCUUUUCAUUUCUUUCUGCUAUGGCCUUUCCUUUAUAUUCUUUGGAUGUUACAUAAAUAAUAAAACAGAGGCAAUCUUGGGCAUCAGAGUCCCGGCCACAACCUUUGUUGAUGUGGUUAGAAUAAUAUUCUGAUGACGUGAAUGUACACGCUGCAGGUUUGAUACAUUUUAACGGUACGUCAUGAUGAUUAAACUAUUUUGGCAGCUU